ACAGCAGUGUGGUAACAGAUAAUUAUGAGGGAACUAUGGAUGCAAUUGUGAUGAACAGACGAACAGUAACCAUAGCUUCUCUGCACUUUGCUAGCGUGGUCAAUGUCACCAACUGUCCACUUCGGAGAGUUAUUGUGGAACCAAGCACAAGUGCCUAUUUUUACGGCAGUGGUUUCUUGCAUCUUAAUCAAACAAAAACAAUAUCAAGUACGAAACUGAUGCAUAUUUCCAUGAGGUUCAGCACAAGUCAACGCAGUGCUCAGUUGCUUCUCAUUGUGAAUGACCAACAGGACACUUUUGUAUCUAUCUCUGUAUACGACCAUCAUCCAAUGAUCAUGUGGGGUUGUGGAAAAUAUGAUUGUGUUGGUAUAGCAUUAGUUACAGAUGUGAUAGUCAGCAAUGCUCCAAUCAGUUGGUACACUGUGGUUGUGAACAUCACAGCAGAGAAUAGGUACUGUAGAAUGGAUGCAAAUGUUAAUGGGCAGACAGUUACUGGAUUCCAGUUGGGCACGGUUGAUUUGUCAAGUUUGAACCAGAACUUGUACUUAGGAGGACUUCCCAACUCAUUCAACAGCUCGAGUGGUGCACUCAACAUGUUUUUCACUCACCUGCCUGGAUAUACAGGCUGCAUGAGAGAUGUCACAUUUAACUCUCUGUCUCCUCUUUAUUUGACCUCAGCUGUUGAUCACCUUAAUGUAGACUUUGUGCUACCUUGCGAUUUUGAGAGAAUAGAUGGUGCAUCGUUCAAGGGAAUGGGAUAUGCUCAGCAUCCUCCUCCAGCUGGACAUCAUUUAGUUGCUUUUAGCAUCUUGCUGAGGCCGCUAGAACAAAAUGGAAUUUUGUUUUAUACUGCAAGUCCAUCUAAUGUUAUUAUUAAUUAUAUCUAUAUUGCUGUGUUUCAUGGGGAUGUUAUAUUGCUGGCUGGUAGAAAUGGAAUGUUGUACAAGUUGGUUUCAUCAGGUUCUUACUUGCAUGAUGGAUUUAUUCAUUCACUGUCAUUCAUGAUAUCUGAUAACAAACUUCAAUUGAUUGUGGAUGGUGUGGUGGCAGCAACUGUGGAUGGAAUUGAUCAAUUUAAUGUUACAGAAAAUGUCUUUAUUGGUGGCAUUCCGUCUGAUGAACUAGAGAACAGUACCAGGAAGCUUAUUCCUGACAUUCCAGUAACUAGUGGAUUUGUGGGCUGUGUACAAGAAGGGAUUUUCAAUUACAAUGAGAGGAUUAAUCUUGGAUCUCCAUCAGCAGUACUUGAGAAUGUUGACCUACAGGGAUGUGCUGCAGCCCAAUUAAAACCAUCCGAGCCAACAGUAACACCUACACCUGUAUCUACUGCAAGCAUAAUUCCUUCAGUCAGUCCAAGUAUUGGCUCUUCAUCUUCAGUUGCUGCCCCAACACCAACUCCAACUCGUUUUCCUCCUUCUGUUCCACCUCCCCCUCUGCCUUUUUCGUCUUCAGUUGCUGCCCCAACACCAACUCCAACUCGUUUUCCUCCUCCUGUUACAUCUCCCCCUCCGCCUUUUUCAGAUGUCGCUCCAACACCAACUCCAACUAGUUUUUCUUCGAUUGUUCCUUCUCUUUCUUCCAGUGUGGCUGAGACCUACAGUCCAACAUCUGUUGCAUCUGCCACUGUGGGUCUGGCACCUACUCCAACACCAGUGGUUCCAGCUCCUUUGGUGUGUGCUGUUGAGCCCUCAGUAUUGGAUUCUGACGGCAAAACGACGUUGUCUAACGAGGAUAGCUACUUCAGAUUUGAUCUUCUAUCUUUCAGUGGAACGAGGACCGAUGUAGAGUUACGCUUCAGAACAGGGUCUUCUGAAGGUGUUUUCAUGUAUAUUGAGCAUGAUGAGCAUAAAGAUUUCUUUGGAGUGGAAAUGCGGGAAGGACGAAUUCGCUUGGCAUUUGAUGCAGGAUCAGGCAGAGUUGAAGUCACUACGAAUGAAAUGUACAAUGAUGGUGAAUGGCACACAUUUGUAGUGACACGUGAGAGGAACAAUGCAACUUUGAAAGUCGAAAAUGAGACUGUCACAACACCUCCCAAUAACCACACUCUGUCAAGUAUUGGCACAAACAGGAAACUAUAUGUUGGUGGCACACCAAUUACUGUCAAUGGUGCUGUGUUUAGUCCUAGUCGGCUAUUCAAGAGCUCAGAGACGAGUCGUCCUGGUGUCAUUGCUUGUUUUAAUCUGCUUACAGUAAAUGGUCUUUCAUACAGCUUUGAUAAUCCGAGUGACAGUAACUUAAUAGGAGACUGUAAGAAUAUAAACCCAGGCAGUGUGUUCUAUGAUGGAACUGGAUACUUUGGCUACUACUUGGACUCCAGCAGAAUUCAAUAUAGUAGCAGACGAACCACUUGGUUUCCUUCGGUCAACUUCACUAUUUCUUUGAGUUUUCGAACGUUUCAAAAGGAUGGUAUCUUGUUCUAUACUGACAAUCCUGAUAUUCCCGACUACAUUCUCAUCCAACUUGUUGAUGGCUCGAUCAACUUUUUAUUUGAUAAUGGAAAUGGUCCUGGUGAAGUUCUACUGAUGGUACCACCCACUGACUUCAUUACUGUGUGUGAUGGUAACUGGCAUGAACUGGUCGUGCGAAAAACUAGUGUGGUGGGUGAAAUUGUCUUGGAUGGAGUGCAUGUUGCUACUGGCAGUGCACCUGCAGGAACAGUAGGAGUGAAUACGUAUGCACCAUUGUAUUUUGGAGGCCUUCCUGAUAUUUCAACAUUUAAGACAAAGAACGACAUAAUUGGGUCUGAGUCUACUCACUUUAAAGGAUGCAUUCGAGACUGGCUGCUGGUCAGUUCAGUCUCGACUCUGGUGCCAAACUAUGGCGAAGAAUCCACUUUUCUUUACGGAAUUGAGCCUGGUGGUUGUGGGUUUGCUUGAGAAACGCCAGAUGUGAACUGUGUAGCUUAGAUCUCAAUUCAUGGCUAAGUCGUCACUUAUGAUUGUCUGAGGAAUGUCAUUCACAUUUUUAGAAACUUUUAAGAGUUUAAAGUUGUAGAGGUGGUAGUUGGUAGAUUGUUAGUUGUGAUUGAGUUUUGUGGUCUGGUCUUUGCUUGCUAACUGAACGGCUUGGUGCUGUGGUGUAGUACUGCGAUAUGGUACUGCAGUACUGUGGUAUCUUAUGAACUAGUAAUUGUUUAGUCUACUGGUAUGUGACUUAAAUUUCUUUGCAAUUGUACUGUUGGAGUUUCCUCUCA